AUGUCUAAUACAUCUACCUCCUCAACAAAACUAGAUCCACAUCAACUAAGACCAUAUUAUGAUCAUGAUACAUUUGAUGCAGGAUAUUCAGUGAUUUUUAAAAAGGGAGUUGGAUUAUUUGAUCCAAAAACAAAUAAACCAAUUACAUCAAAUUUAUCAAAUAAUUUAAUAGAUAAACAAAUAAAUAAUAAUAAUAUAAAUCAACCUGGAUUAAUACGGAGAGCUUUUGAUAGACAAGGUGGUUUAGGUAUACAAAGUGGUUCAUCAAAUGAUAAAAAUUUUUUAUAUGAUUUAGAAUUUAAUGAAUAUUUUGAUACAAAUAAUAUACUUGAAUUAAUUAAAAAUUUAUUAUGGAAUUUUAUAAAAAGUUAUGCAAAAGUAUUAAUUGCUCAACCUUUAGAAAUAACAAGAUUAGUUUUACAAGUUGGUAAAUUUCCCAAUUUAAAUGAUAAUAAAAAAAAUAUAAAAGAUUCAAAACAAAAGAAAAGGUUAUUAGAUUCAUCAACUCAUUCAUUAUCAUCAUCUAAUUCAUCAAUUAAAGAUAAUGAUUUAAAUCAAAGUAAAGUUGGAUUUCAUGAUGAUGAUGAACCAAUUGAUUAUUUUCAACCACAAAAUGAUCAACAAGUAUGGGCAAAUCCAAAUACAACUUAUGAACCAAUGACUCCAGCAGUUGGAUUAUCUCAUCCAACUUCUUCAUCAACAACAGCAACAGGAACAACUAAUGAAAAAUUUGUACCACCACCUUUAAAAAGAUUAAGUACUAAAAAAAGAAUUAAAAUUUAUAAAAUCCAACCAUUAUCAUUACAUACUAUUGAUAUAAUGUCAGCAAUAGCACAUAAAGAUUCAUUUUUUGCAUUAUUUAGAGGAGUUAAUGCAUCAUUUAUAUAUCAAACUUUAUCAACAACAAUUGAAGCGUGGAUAACUGGAUUUUUAUCACCAUUUUUAGGAAUACCUGAUCCAUUUUUUUUAGAUUUAACUCAUUCAAAUGAUCCUUUUAAAUCAUUAUGGUUAUCUGUUUCUGCAUGUGUAUUAACAGGUAUAAUAUUAAUGCCAUUAGAUUUAAUUAGAAUUAAAUUUAUGAUAACUCAACCAAAUAACACAUUACCAUUACAUAAUCAACAACAUAAUCAAGAAGAUAUAAUUGAAAAAGCAACUGAUGAAAUAAUACAAAAUACAAGAUCAAUAAGAGAAUCAAUAAGAUUUUUCCCAACUUAUUAUUUAAAACAUCCUCCACAUCCAAUAAUUUUAUUAACAACAUUAUAUCAAUUAUCAACAAGUUUAUUUAGAAAAAUGGCACCAUAUUUAUUAUUUAUAAAAUUUAAUAUUGACUCAUAUUCUUCUCCUACAAUUUAUACAUUUGUUAAUUUAAUAUCAUCAAUUUUUGAAUUUUUUAUAAAAUUACCUGUUGAAAAUUUAUUAAGAAAAGAACAAGUUAAAUUUUUAUUAACUCCUAAACAAAAUGAUCCAAAAAAGAUUAUAACAAUUAUAAAACCAGAAGAUAAUUUAAUUGUUGAAUUUAAUGGAUCAAUAAGUGAUGAUGAAAGACAAAAUAAAGACGAAUCUACUUGGGUUAAAAUUAAACAAUUAGGUUUAUUUAAUGGUUGGAGAGUUGGAUUAUUAAAUGUUAUUGGAUUUUGGGGUUAUAAUAUUAUAAAAAAUAGUAGUAAUGAAUUACGAGAGGAAAGAUUAUAA